AACACCAUCUUUGUGCAGGCAUCUGGGGGAGGCCAGCUGGAGCAGGGUCAUCUGCCAGCCAGGCCUGUAGGACUUCGCUUCUCUUGUUUAUCCCCAGCCACAUCUGGGGCGGCUGCCAGGACCCGCCCCCACUCUGUCGUCAUUGGAGGAACUCAAACUUGAAGGCUCCUGCGAAGAAUCAGUACGUUUCAUUUUCCUGUUACUGGUGGACCUGCUGCGGCUGGUCUAGAAGGGUUGAGCCUUCCUCCAGAGCCUAGUGAAAGUGAGCCUCUCACCAUGCCAGCCUGCUGCAGCUGGAAAGAUGUUUUCCAGUAUGAGACAAACAAAGUCCUCCGGAUUCAGAGCACGAAUUAUGGCACCAUUAAGUGGAUCUUCCACGUGCUGGUCUUUUCCUACAUCAGCUUUGCUUUGAUCAGUGACAAGCGGUACCAAAAGAAAGAGCCUCUUAUCAGUUCCGUCCACACCAAGGUGAAAGGGAUAGCAGAGGUGAAGGCGGAGAUAUUGGAGAAUGGAAUGAAGAAGAUGGUGUCUGGGGUCUUUGACACGGCGGAUUACACCUUCCCUUUGCAGGGGAACUCCUUCUUCGUGAUGACAAACUUUAUCAAGACAGAAGGCCAACAGCAGGGGUUAUGUCCUGAUUUUCCCACCCGCAGGACGAUCUGUUCCUCUGACAGGGGUUGUAAAAAGGGACGGAUGGACCCGCAGAGCAAAGGGAUCCAGACCGGAAGGUGUGUAGUAUAUAAAGAGAGGCUGAAGACCUGUGAAGUCUCUGCCUGGUGUCCCAUCGAGGAAGUGGAAGACGCCCCCCGGCCCGCACUCUUGAACAGUGCUGAAAACUUCACUGUGCUCAUCAAGAAUAACAUCGACUUCCCUGGCCACAACUACACCACGAGAAACAUCUUGCCGGGUGUAAACAUCACUUGUACCUUUCACAAGACUCAGAAUCCGCAGUGUCCCAUUUUCCGACUAGGAGAUAUCUUCCAAGAAACAGGAGAUAAUUUUUCAGAUGUGGCAAUUCAGGGAGGGAUCAUGGGCAUUGAGAUCUACUGGGACUGCAACUUGGACGGCUGGUUCCAUCACUGCCGUCCAAAAUACAGUUUCCGUCGCCUUGACGACAAGACCACCAAUGAGUCCUUGUACCCUGGCUACAACUUCAGAUACGCCAAGUACUACAAGGAAAACAACGUUGAAAAACGGACUCUGAUAAAAGUCUUUGGAAUCCGUUUUGACAUUCUGGUUUUUGGCACCGGAGGAAAAUUUAACGUUAUCCAGUUGGCCGUGUACAUUGGCUCAGUCAUCUCCUACUUUGGUUUGGCCACUGUGUUCAUCGACAUUCUCAUCAACACUUACUCAAGUAAAUGCUGUCGAUCCCGCAUUUAUCCCUGUUUCAAGUGCUGUGAAUACUGCGCGGUCAACGAAUACUACUACAGGAAGAAGAGUGAGCCCAUUGCGGAGCCAAAGCCGACAUUAAAAUACGUGUCCUUUGUGGAUGAAACCCACAUUAGGAUGGUGGACCAGCAGCUACUUGGGAAAAGUCUGCAAAAUGUCAAAGGUGAAAAAGUCCAAAGGCCCUCAGUGGACUUCACAGACUUGUCCAGGCUGUCCCUGUCUCUCUGUGACCCAACCCCUAUCCCUGGACAACCAGAGGAGAUGCAGCUGUUCAGUGAAGAAGUGACUCCUAGAUCCAGCAACAGCCCAGACUGGUGCCAGUGUGGACACUGCCUCCCGUCCCAACUACCCGAGAGCCACAGAUGCCUGGAAGAGCUGUGCUGUCGGAAAAAGGCUGGUGCCUGCAUCACUACCUCAGAGCCCUUCAGGAAGCUCGUCUUGUCCCGACAGGUCCUGCAGUUCCUCCUGCUCUACCAGGAGCCCUUGCUGGUGCUGGAUGGAAACUCCAGCAGCCGUCUGCGGCACUGUGCCUACAGGUGCUACACCACCUGGCGCUUCGGCUCCCCGGACCUCGCCGACUUUGCCAUCCUGCCCAGCUGCUGCCGCUGGAGAAUCCGGAGAGAGUUUCCCAAGAGUGAAGGCCAGUACACCGGCUUCCAGAGUCCUUACAGGGCUGAGCAGCAUCUAGACAUUCUUUUCGUCUGAAUCUCAAAUGAAGGCUGAGGCCAGCUUGCUGUUCAGAUUUCCUCAUACCCUCCAAAAGCAUAUAAUAUGUGUCUUGUAAGAAAAUACUCCAGUGGAGAUCCCCAGCAGGGCCAACAAGCCAGAAGAACAGCAUUUGCAAGGAUUUGCAAGGAAGAAGAGAUAAACUGGUGGUUGGUGGAUGGAUAUAAAUCUCACCUUUGGCUUUCGUAGGGUGGAAUUCAAGCACUGACCUUGCCUGAGGCAUUGACUUUGCCAUCCACCAUCAGGAAAAAAAAAUGUCUACUUUUCUGAUGGGAAUAGCUCUGCCUUCAACUUCAGAUAAAGCACUGCAGGACAAGGUUCACAACGGCGCUUGCCAACCCCUGUGCUGAGUCAGGCUCACAGGCCGGCAGGCAUCGAAUGUGCACAGUGGCCAGUCAGGGUGAGGACUGCCUGGCACGGCACCUGGAUUCGGCGUUGCUUGCUCAGGGUACAUCCACAUUUGCUCCUGUGUCACCAGGAGAGCAAAGCGGCUUGGCCUCGAAGGAGGGUGAGGUGGAAAAACCUGCAUGCAGCCAGGCCGUGCCAGCAGGUAAUUACUGAGUAUCUCUGCGACGUGGAUGCUUUUGAAUGUGCCCCCGAGGCCUCAUCAAAAAAGGACUGGGGUAGGUCAUCCUGGAAAUGAAGGUGGUCCCCGGGAGAAUAAAGGGCGGUGAAUCUGCUGCCUCACAGAAACACAUCCAAAUGUCAGCCAGAAGCAGAGUGGUAAAAUUAGAGGGAGCAGAAUGUUUUAGGAGAGGAAGAAGUCCCUGUGGGACACUUACUUGAAAUAAAUCCAAUCAAUAAAAAUCUAGAUGUCCAAAAUGAGCACACAGUAUGUAUGGGUGAAAGUGAUUUUUGUUUUACAGAGGGGUUCCUAACAAGGUAAGAUUCCUUUCAAUAACAUUUCAAUGAAAUUAUAUAAAAAUGGAGUCCUCAUUUUUAGGAGCUUAUCUAUCAAAGGGACGGGGAUGUCCAGAGACUGGGCUGCAAACCAACAAGCUGUGAGAACCCUCAAGACUUCAUCUCAGUUUUCUUAUUUACAAAAGGAAAGGACAGUGCUAAAUAUGAACAUUAAGGUACUUUUAAUAUCAAAAUGAUUCCUCCAUUGUAUAAAAUGAGAUCAGGGAUGCCUGGGUGGCUCAGUCGGCUAAGUGUCUGCCUUCAGCUCAGGUCAUGAUCUCAGGGUCCUGAGAUCAAGUCCCACAUCGGGUUCUUUGCUCAGCAGG